CCAAUGUCCUCCACAGCUGAUUUUUAAUAAUAAUAAAGUCAAAGUGAAGCUGACCUGCCACCUCACCUGUCUGCUCAGAGCAGGUGAGCAUCGACCAAUCAGAGGGCGGCUCUGCUGUGAAAUGCAGCUGAACCUGUCGGGCGGCGAGAGAGAGAGAGACGAGCGAGAGGGCGAGUCACACUGAGUCAGAGCAGGAACUCCCCCAGAGACACACACACACACACAGACGUCCGGACGCUCACCCAUGGUGGUCAGAACACGCUGUGACAUCACCGUGACAUCAUGAGCUCCCCCGCCGGGCACACGGACAGGUACGCCGAGAACAGGGCUCCUGUAGAGGCUUCGGCCAACGCCAACAUCCAGGACAUGGAGCUGAGGGAGGAGUGGCAGGACGACGGCUUCCCCAGGCCUCUCCCAGAGGAUUGUGGGAGUCCAGAGGAGGCAGAGAGCCCGACGGGCGGCGGGCAGCGACCAGCCCCGCCCACCACCCUCGCCCUAUCAGGAACGGUCGGGGGCGGGGGAAAGAAGCGCCUGGUGGCGCCAUCGCUCAGCCUCACUUUGGGCCGCAGAGACUCUCACGACCCGAGCAACGAUGGUUUCUCAGCCGCUGCGCUGUCAACAACGCCGGAUGAGACGCUGUCACUGGACAUCAACCUGGAGGCUCUGGAGACGCCGUCAGGCAGCGAGACGGGAACGCUGCCAGACAGCCACCACGAGCUGGAGUGGGAGGACGACCUCCCUCGGAUGGCGAGGGGCGGGGCCGCGGGUGUCCCCAGGAGCCCGGUGGAGCAGUCCGAGGGUCUGAUGGAGCUGGACCGGUUGGACGACAGCGGACGCCGCUGGAGGAGGUUCUGCAUCUCCGGACAUGAAUACCACGUCAACAUGAGCGUCCUGGAGCCGUACCUGCAGGUCCUGUCACACGGAGGUUACUAUGGAGACGAUAUGAACGCCAUCAUCCUGUUCACCUCCUGCUACCUGCCGGAGAACACGGUGGAGGACUACGAGUACGUCAUGGACAACCUGUUCAGAUAUAUCGUAGGGACGUUGGACCUGAUGGUUUCAGAGAACUACCUGCUGGUCUACCUGUGCGCCAUGGCUCCCAGAAACAAACUGCCGUCCAUCAAGUGGCUCCACCAGUGCUACACCUCCAUCGACAGGAGGCUAAAGAAGGACCUGAAGGGGCUGCUGGUCGUCCAUCCUGCCUGGUACAUCAAAGCGAUCCUCACUGUGGUCAAACCCUUCAUCAGUGAGAAGUUCAGCAGGAAGAUUCGGUUCAUUCAGAGUCUGCAGGAACUUUCUCAGUUCAUCCCCACAGAGAGACUGCAGAUCCCCGACGCAAUACGGCAGUUUGAUGAGAAGCUGAACAGAUGACGAUCGCAGAGGUCGGUGGACGGGGUGGAUCCUGAAGGUCAGAGGUCAUCGGGGGGCCUGCCUGUACAGAACAAACACAAGAGACUCUGGGUUUAUUUAUACUGUCUUUAAAUCGGGAGGGUAAGUUAAAC